UAGAAUGAAACUUUUCCAUGUAUUCGUGAAAAGAAACGUGUAGCUUGGUGGUUAGUAUGCAACAGAAUAAGGAGGGAGCAGAAUCAGGUGCAACCGCACGUGCGCACUCUUUCAUUGAUUCAGUUGUGUUGAUGAGUUCGUCGCAGGGUCUUUCAUGUCACAAUUUCAGAGAUCUCUUCGAUUCAGUCGAAGCUUUUCUCUUCGAUUGCGACGGUGUGAUUUGGAAGGGUGAUGAACUCAUCGAUGGAGCUUCUCAAACUAUCCACAUGCUUCGCUCCAAGGGUAAGAAGCUUGUGUUUGUUACCAAUAAUUCCUGGAAGUCUAGGAGCCAAUAUGCUGAAAAGUUCAAAUCCUUGGGAAUUUCUGUUUCUCAGGAUGAGAUAUUCUCGUCGUCUUUUGCAGCUGCUAUGUACUUGAAGGUCAACAGUUUCCCUCCCCAAAACAAGGUUUAUGUAAUUGGCGGGGAUGGUAUACUGGAUGAGUUGCAGCUUGCUGGCUUCACAGCUUUUGGUGGUCCUGGAGAUGCGGAUAAAACAAUAGACUGGAAGCAGAACUCCAUUUUUGAACAUGAUAAGAGUGUUGGAGCUGUAGUGGUUGGUAUAGAUCCAAAAAUUAACUAUUACAAGCUGCAGUAUGGAACCCUUUGCAUACGUGAAAAUCCAGGAUGUCUUUUUAUUGCCACCAACCGUGAUGCAGUUGGGCAUAUGACUGCUUCCCAAGAAUGGCCAGGAGCUGGGUGUAUGGUUGCGGCCAUAUGUGGAUCAACCCAGAAGGAGCCUGUUGUGGUGGGGAAACCAUCAACCUUUAUGAUGGAGUUUUUACUUAAGAAAUUCAAUUUAAGUUGCUCCAAGAUGUGUAUGGUGGGUGAUAGACUAGAUACUGAUAUACUGUUUGGACAAAAUGCUGGUUGCAAAACUCUUCUAGUACUUUCAGGUUGCACAACUCAAUCAGAUCUUCAAGACCCUUCAAAUAAUAUUCAGCCAGACUAUUAUGCAAGCAAAAUUUCUGACAUGCUUGACUUAUUGGAAGCAUAAAUUGGUUUUCUGCAAUUUAGACAUUCCUUUCAGCCCAUUAAGACUGUAGAAUAAAGCCUUCCACAUAACUUACCUUGAAUUGCAUUGAUACAAUUUUCACAAUUAAUUCUACUGGUUGGCACCCUAUUUUCUGCCACCUUACUUUGGUUUGCACCUUUACAAUAGCUGCUAUUCCGCUAUAGCGGUUUGGGGGGUCCGGCACUCCACGCCGCUAUCUGAGAUUAACAACAUAGAAUAUAUUGUUGGAAGUGCUCAAAACAGCACCUGUUAAUUGUUGAAUUACCAGUCAUGACCUGGUUGAAAUUAUUCUAAUUUGUUAAUUGCAAAUGUAAUUUGCAACAAUCUUUCCUCAUAUUUUAUCUUGUGUGUUAAUUUCGAUUUAA